AUGCACGCGACGCGGUCAUGGGACGCGCACGAGCAGGCGGAAGGCCCCUCGCCGCUCAAGAUGCUCCGCGGCUACCUGCUCCGCCUGCGCCACGCCGGGCCGCCGCCCUCGCGCCUUGACCCGUACCGGCGAGGGUGUGCGCGCGGGGGGGUGGCGGGCGGAAUGUGGGGGACGGUGAGGGGAGAGGGAGGCGGAGGGGCCGGGGAAGACGGGAGAGAGGGGGAGGCGUGGGGAGAGGACGUUGUGGGGCUGCCCGGUGAGGCGGACAGCCCUGCCGCGCUGGACGUGCGGGCGAUGCACUUCAGAUGCCAUGCUGCACGCACUCAGUCGCUCACGGCUCCUGCGCUCCCCUUCCCCUCGCGUGUGUGGCGUGCCCACUGCGUUGCAUGCAGGCCCGUGGCGGACAGCCCUGCAGCGCUGGGCGUGCGCGCGCUGUACCGCAAGAUGGUGUGCUCUCAGCGCGGAGGCUCGUGCUUCGAGUCCAACGUGCUGUUCGCCUGGGUGCUCCGUCACCACCUCGCCUGCCAGGUCGACCUCCUCCCCGCCCUCGCCUGCCUCUCGCCACACUCGCCCCCGCGCCACCACUCCCCUGCCUCCUCCCGUCGCUCCUCUCGGCCACCACCUGCACCCGCUGCUACCUUCAAUGCUGCCUCGCCAGCAGCGGCGCCAUCUCCGGAUCAUGCGGCUGCAUGCGUGACUCGCCUCUCAUCUCCUGCUGACUCAGCGCAGCAGCCUGUCCAGUCAGCUAGUGCAGCUGCCUCAUCAGCAAGCGCAGAGCUGCCAGAUCAUAUGUGUCUGCUCGUGCACAUCAACGGCAUGGCAUGGCUCGCUGACGUCAGCACGCCCUGCUGCCCCAGCAGCCUUCUUCCCCACCCCAUGUUCUUGGAACCACUGCUCUUCCAACCCGGCAUCCACCAGCACCAGGACGCGGGGGUGUACCGCAUAUCCCCAUGCCCCCCGCCCCACCCGCCCGCACCUGCCAGUGCAGCCCCUUGGGUGCGUGGAAGAGGUGCGGGGGCUCUCGGUGUGGCGCCUGCAUGCGCAGCAGACGGCUGGGAGAAGGCAGUAGCAGCAGUAGCAGCAGCGGACAGGGGCAGGGAGGGAUGGAGGGCAGUAGAAAGAGGCGUGCACGGGUGGGCAGUGGAGCACGUAGAGGCAGGAAUGGAUGGGCGCAUGGCUGAGAGGAGUGCUGGCGUGGAGGCAGAUUCAGAUUCAGACCCCGAUGAUGAUGAUGAUGACUUCUACACGGAGGGUGUGCGUGGCGAGGGGACAGCGUGCCCACCGGGGCUCACGCAUGCUGCAGGUGGACAGGCGGCAGCAGCAGCAGCAGCGGUGAGGGCAGACGAGCAGUGGUAUGUGGUGGAGAGGCUGUGCCGAGUGGGGCCCAGUGAAGCAGGCGGGAGAUGGGCAGGAGCAGAUGGCAAGCAGGCAGCAUGGGGGGAGGCCGCUUGUGAGGAGGAGGCGCAGUGGCAGCCGCUGUAUCGCUUCUCCUCGUGGCCGCGUGACGCCCCUCACUUCCUCCAG